CUCCCUCCCCCCCAGGACGGCAGUUCAUGCAGCAGCGUUCAGUGACAACAUAGACUGCAUGCAGCUGCUGGUGAGUCGCGGAGGUGCCACUAAUCUGGCUGACAAUAUGGGGCGAACUCCUCUAAUGAUGGCUGCCUACUUUGGACACACCAACGUCAUUGGUAUGUACUACUAAUCUCCUCAGGCGGUCUACAAUGCAGUUAAGACCUAAGCUCUUUGACUCUGCCACUUAGUUUGUCAGCAAAGUGAAGGUCCCGAAUUAGUCGGAAUUUCCCAUUUUCUGCAUACAAGUGGUUAUGCUGCCCAUACCAUGAUACGUUUCCCUAUUUCUAGAACACCGUACACACAUCGUACGUAAAUAGGCUGAAUUUUGGCACUUGCUUGCCAGUAAUGUAUUUCAUACGUUUUGUGAAGAUCUGCUGAUGUCUCGACUGAGUCUGCCGGUGGAGAAGUUAGACUUGUGCCACGUAGACCAACAGGACAACACAGCUCUACAUCUUGCCUGCCUUCAGAGUCAUGAAGAUUGUGCAAUGGCUAUUCUAGAGAAAUGUUCUGAUGAGGUCAUACAAAUGGCCAACAGCGACCAGAAAACACCACUGCACAUAUCCUCAAAGACCGGUCUGGUUCGAGUGGUCCAGGAGCUGGUCCAGAGAGGAGCUGACCUCAAUGCCAGAGACUGCGACGACAACUACCCGGCCCUCUGCUGUGCCCCAAACCUACAUGUGGCGGAGUGUCUGGACUCCAUCCUGCAGGCCAUGCUGGGCCAGAAGGGAAUCGCCCUCUAGUAGAACUCUCAAGAGACUAGUAAUGAACUGUCUUGUUGUACACUAUAUUAUGUAGAUUUGUAUAGGUUUAUGGGUAUGAUUUAGCGC